CUAUUGGCAUUGGCGUCUGUGACUUCUGCUUCUACUCCCGCAAGAAAGUAUUUAUGGGGUAAAGAUCAAAUGGGCCAGAUGGUCCGCCGUCAGGCCUCUUCGACCUCGUCGGCUGCUAGUCACCCAACUUUGGUCGCAGAUAGCUCUUGCUCCAACGGCCCAUACACUCGCGCUUGCUGGAAGGAUGGCUACUCUAUUGCCACAGAGUAUGUGCUCCUUAUUGUUUCACAGCCAAAUUUUUUGCUGACCAUCUCUGAAGUUNUCGAUCAAAAAUUCCCUUCUACUGGAAAGACAGUCAGCUACAAUCUUGAGAUUACCAACACGACAUGCAACCCCGAUGGAGCACAUGAACAACAGUGCCUCUUGUUCAACGGACAACUACCCGGGCCUGUCAUCCGAGCCAGCUGGGGUGAUAUGCUCUCGAUCACCGUUACCAACUCUAUGCAAAACAAUGGAGUAAGUUUUGCUUGCGACUGCAGUAUUGUGCCUUUAAUGACAUUUUUAGNNACAAGCGUGCACUGGCACGGAGUUCGCCAGUACAACACGCCCGGAAUGGAUGGAGUGAAUGGUAUCUCUGAGUGUGCACUUGCUCCGGGUGAAACCAAGACUUACACCUUCCAUUGCACGCAAUAUGGCUCUUCAUGGUAUCACAGCCACUAUACCAGUCAAUAUGGCAUGGGCGUGGUGGGAACUAUCUUGAUAGACGGACCCGCCACGGACAACUACGAUAUCGAUCUCGGUACCUUCCCAAUGAUGGACUGGUAUUACCAGAACGCCGACGUAGUCAAUGCUUUGGCCUCCAUCGCCUCUCAGGAAGGAAAGGGUGCACCCNCUUCAAACACUCUUUUGCUCAAUGGCACAAACGACAACGGCCCUGGCGGUAAAUACCAGUCGGUCACACUCACCAAGGGCAAGAAGCACCGUCUGCGACUCAUCAACACUUCAGUUGAUAGUCACAUGAUGGUCAAGCUCGAUGGCCACCCGUUCACAAUUAUUGCUGCCGACUUUAUUCCUGUGAACCCAGAGCCCGCACCUGAGUGGCUGUUGGUCGCCAUUGGUCAGAGGUACGAUGUGAUUAUCGAAGCCAAUCAGACAUCAGGCAACUAUUGGUUCAGAGCAGAAGUUGCCAAUCAAUGUGGAAGCUUCAGUGACGGCAAUGGUCGUGCCAUCUUCAGAUAUGAUGCGUCUGAUACAUCCACGCCUGAGGACUCGAACGAGACUCCUCCUUCAUCUGAGUGCAUAGACCAGCCCACUACUCCUUACUGGAAGCAAUCUGUCGAUAAAGAUACUUUUACUGCUCAAGCAAAGACUCUGAGUACCGGUUUCGGCGACGGUGUCACAGUCAACGGAGAGAACCUGCUCUUGUGGCAUUUGAACACUACCGGUAAGCAUUCUCACGUGUAUGUGUACGCACCCAUGCUAACAUCACUUAGCCNNAUGUCGAUUCACUGGGACAGGCCAACACUGGGCUAUGUAUUCAAUAACAGCGAAGCUUGGCCCCAAGAGUAUGAUGUGAUUGAGAUCCCCAACGAGGGCGUUUGGACCUACUGGGUCAUUCAGCAAGUAUCUGGAUCGCCACCCAUCACUCCGUCAUCGAACUUCGAUUCAUCGACCAUGAUGGAUCAGCUGAACUUUGAGAACCCUCCCCGUAGGGACACAGCUACUUUGCCUGCUGGUGGCUGGCUCGUCGUGGCGUUUAUGGCUAACAAUCCUGGUGCUUGGCUCAUGCAUUGCCAUAUCGCCUGGCAUAUCUCUGAGGGUCUGGGAGUCCAAUUCCUCGAGGCCAAGAACCAGAUUGUAUUGCCUGAUCAGACGCAGUUCACGGAUCAGUGUUCGAGCUGGAAGCAGUACGCUGCUCACAUGGCCUUCCCCCAGAUUGACAGUGGUCUCUAG